UCCCCGCCCCAGGCUCUCCUUCCUUCUCCUCCAAGAUGGAGGCGCUGGAGGUUUUGGGGGGCUACCCGACCAAACCCUCUAACCAAAGAGCCCGAAUGGUUAGAGUUCUACUGAGUAUGACUGUUCUUAUGGGUUUUCUAUUAAUGCUGCAUAGUUUUCUAAAAACUGCCAAAUCGAUUAAGCCAGAUUUCUACUCUUUUGAGGUGAAUGACGCGAAGGGGAGACGCGUUUCUUUGGAGAGAUACCGUGGCAAAGCGUCCCUGGUUGUCAACGUGGCGAGCCACAGCGAGCACACAGAGAAAAACUAUCGCUCUCUGCAAGAACUGCAUCGGGAACUUGGGACAUCCCAUUUCAACGUGUUGGCUUUUCCAUGCGGACAGUUCGGGGAUACCGAGUUGGGAGCCAGUCGUGACAUCGAGGCAUACGCCAAAAACACGUAUGGUGUCACCUUCCCCGUCUUCAGUAAGAUAAAAAUCAUGGGGUCGGAAGCGGAGCCUGCGUUUAAAUUCAUAACAGAUUCUGUGAAAAAGGUUCCGAAGUGGAACUUCUGGAAGUUCCUGGUGAACCCGGAAGGUCAAGUAGUGAGGUACUGGAAGGCGGACGACCCCGCAGAGAGCGUGCGCCAGGAGGCCACGACCAUGGUGCGCGAGAUCAUUCUAAAGAAAAGGGCAGAACUCUGAAGGAAUCGGACCUCGUGAAGACGGGAGUGACAAGGGAGGACUCCUGGUGUUGGCAGAGUUCCACAGUAUUGAUUCGAGCGACGUGGGGUGUUCAUUUCACCGGUCUUCAUUACCCCGUGGCUGGGAAAAUAAUUGACAGAGCUUUGGAGAUGACGCUCACUGCAGUGCACUGUAGCCUGGUAUAAUAUUGGUUGCGGAAGGCGGCAGGGCUAAAAAAAGACAUCUCGUGAGUAUGGGCGUGCGUGCGUAUGUGCGCGUACCUCAGGUGCCAUUGUCCCUUUCUGAGCCAGUGCCACAGCCUGGAAGAACCACUUCUAUGAAACAUGGAUUUUUUUUGUCCAAUACAACUCAUUUUGUCAAUACUCUCUGGUAACAAUUGUACACUUGAUUACCGUCUUGUUGAGUGUGUCAGUACGGCCGUAAAAAUGUGCCCUUCAUGGCCGUCUUGUUCAGAAUGCCUGUUUGAUUUGUAAUAGUAUGUUGAUCCAUGUUUAAUGUAGAAAAAUAAGUCAGUGUAACAAAUCUAUAAUAAUGAAUUGAUAAAUACAAUUUCUACAGUUGGACUCCAA